GUGUACCUUUGAAAUCGCCCGUAAAAGCACUCUUUCCGCGUAAAAUCGCUGUAAAAAGGGCGAAAUUCUUCACAUUUCUGCUCUAUUCCACGUCCUGGACCAACAAACUGUGCUCUGGUCGUGGAUCCCGUUGGAAUGGUAAGCCAGGAAAGUGCAAGACGCUUGCAAACCUGCACCCGCCCGCAGCACGCAAAGUUUCACGAAUAGAACCACGAACCACGGGCUCUAUUUGCUUUUGCCACGCUCCGGAAACAAAUCCACCAACUGCAGAGAGUACGGAAAUCUGUGGCCGAGACACACGGGUAUCUCAAAAGGGCAUCGGAAACCGCACGCAGCAAGUACAAAGGAUCGGCGAGGGCCGGAUACUGUGACGAGUAUUAACUCAUCCACGAACGUGCGUGCGUGCAUUGUGAUUUGUGGCGAAGGAGGCGGCCUUGCUUGGAAGAACUUUGUUCCUGUCGCUGCCCUCUCCGUCGUUUAUCACGGUUUAUCACAUCGUCGCCUUGUGGUCCUCCGUGUGGCAACAACGUCUGGCUGUGACUGACUGGUUAUCUCAGGAGGUAUCCGCGGGGUCACGCGUGCUCUCGUUGCCAACCUGUCGUCGACAUGGAGCAGCUGUGCAAAGGUUGCUGAACGACCGUGAAUCCGCGUGAAGGACUAUCACGACGGCAACCGCCUCUAGGAAAUUGGUGACGAGCAUUUCUGCCUUCGCUGCACCUCAAAACACCACCCUCUGGUGUGCUGGUAUGUUGGCCGUUGUCCGCGAAUCGAGUGAGUAAGCGCGAGUAAACAACAAUUAGAGUGAAAACGGCCCCCGGAACGGAGAAAGAAAGCCAAAGUCGAUCGAGCAACAACACAACAAAAUACACUUUCGCUUCGCUGGCGGCGGGAUUCGCAUCGGCUAACAAUCAAGCAAGGUGGCGCGGUGAAAAGCGAAAAGGAAAGCUCACUUCCCAGCUGUGCGGUGUUCGUUUUGCGUGUUGUGUGUAGAUUUGAAUGAAGAAAAAGUGCAACAACAAAGUGUGCUAAUUGGCGGGGACGUCCGCCUAGUGAUAUAGAAUGGCGUUGUAGUCCUAGUCGGCCUCGGUGGAGUGUUGUGUUGUGCGGCCAGAGUGUAGUGGUCCGUGUGCAGGAAGUGGAAAACGCGAGAAGAAGAUCCUAAAGGAGCCCAUUCUUGUUUACACAACUGUUACCAUCAUCCUUGCGACGAUAAGGAAGAAGAUACACCGGAACUGCAUCUCCUGCUUCUGCCAGCUACUACGCCGCCGACAUGGGGCUGCUGUUUGCCAAAAUAUGGAGCCUUUUUGGCAACGAAGAACACAAACUAGUCAUGGUGGGACUGGACAAUGCCGGCAAAACGACCAUCCUCUAUCAGUUCCUGAUGAAUGAAGUCGUCCACACGAGCCCAACGAUCGGAUCGAACGUGGAAGAGAUCGUGUGGAAGAACAUACACUUUCUGGUGUGGGAUCUGGGUGGACAGCAAAGUUUACGGGCUGCAUGGAGUACCUACUACACGAACACGGAGUUCAUCAUCAUGGUAAUAGACUCGACGGAUCGGGAGCGGUUAGCGGUGACACGUGAAGAGUUGUACAAAAUGCUGCAGCACGAAGACUUAACCAAGGCCAGCUUACUGGUUUACGCCAACAAGCAGGAUCUAAAAGACUCGAUGAGUGCAGCUGAAAUUUCCAAACAACUAGACCUCACCUCAAUCAAGAAGCACCAGUGGCACAUACAGUCCUGCUGUGCGCUAACGGGCGAAGGACUCUAUCAAGGACUGGAAUGGAUAGCACAGCGAAUCAAGAAGAAAUGACACCGACCAGAGUAAGCUGCUGCUGCUGCCGUUACCCGGUGCAUCGUGCAUCCGGUUUCCCUUUUGUCGUCUCCUCCAGCACCUGGUACCGGAUUCCGUUUUCCAGUGCCUCCAGCGCCAUAUCGCUAACCCGAGUGCGCUACCAAUUGUAAAUGUUAAUCAAGCAGCGUCAGGAUCAGGGCGAGGGUGAACCGUUCAAGGAUCGUUGCGAAAUGUAAGCAGCCAACACACUACACAAACACUACUCAAUCGUUACUCAACCAACCGUUCUCGUCUGAUGAUGAUCGCGCGAAGCAGAAUGCGUCGUGUUGUCCUGAACUGGUGAACGGUGAAUCAACAGCAGGGAUCAGUCACUAACCCAGAGGUAGAAGAGGAGAAGCAAAAGAUUUUGUCCGUUUCAGCGAAUUCAUCAUUUCUUAGCAAGAGCAGUCAGCGUUCUAUUUUCCAUCGUUUCGCUAAGCUUUUCCGAAGUGAGCGAACUAGACAACAUCCGAGAAGACAUGAUCGUGGUAAGGCUAGGCAUUACAACACAACGAUUGAUGAUAGGGCCGAUCGACCACCAGGGGUGGGGGACACCAUGUAACGGUUGUACUACUGCCACUACACUCAGUGGACAGUAGAUUGACGGGCGAGCGGAGACGAACUCUAGUGACGAUCCGUAUGUCUUCGCGAGCAUUUUAAUGUAAGUGCGUGUGGUGUGUAUGUUUUACUGCUCCGCCUCUCCAUUGAUCUGAGAAUCAGACACAUUACCGCGCUCUGCAUGUGGAAAACGCUCUAGUAUGGUAGUAUUUUCUUAAUUUUAACUCUUCAUUUACUAAUUACGUAGAUAAUCGGAAGGUGUUAGCGUGCGCGCGCGCACGCACCCGAGAGAACUGUAAAUUGUGUGUACAACUGGCCACCACGGAGUGUAGGCAUCGUGAGAAGGAAUAUAUAAGUAGCUUGUUGACUGUUGACUGACGCGACGCGACAGGUGUGGACCCAUAGCCAAUGUAAAGAAGUGUGCAGACGAGGGCUCGCAAACCAAGCACCACCACCAAUGUUGAGGGCAGACAAGAUAGGAGAGGCGUGACGAAAGAUGAAGGUAUACUUACAAUGUUAGUUAAAUAAAACUGUAACAAAAGUAAACAUUUAAAACAUUGUCCACCCAAACCUGGGACG